CACACACACACACACACACACACACAUUCACACACACACAUUCACAAGUCUUACUUCUCACCCGUUAACGUUAGACUUUAGUCACCCAGCUAGCACGGCAGAAGACGGUCGACCCUCAGCCAACUGUUGCCACCUUUUGGAGAAGAAAUCAAAAAGCACAGCCAUGGGGAAAGGAUGCAUUACAGUCACCAAGUACUUUCUAUUCCUUUUCAACCUCCUCUUCUUUAUCUUCGGAGCAGUGAUCAUGGGCUUUGGCCUGUGGGUCCUCUUUGAUAACCAGAGCUUCAUUGCUGUUCUACAGGAAUCCUCAGACACGGUGAAAGUGGCUGCCUACAUCCUCAUCGGAGUGGGUUCCUUGUCAAUGGCCAUGGGCUUCUUUGGCUGCAUAGGAGCCAUCUACGAAAUUCGUUGUCUGCUGGGUCUGUACUUCACCUGCCUCCUGCUCAUCCUCAUCGCCCAGGUCACUGCUGGAGUUCUCAUCUACUUCCAAAGAGAUCGGUUGAAAUAUGAGAUGUCCAACAUCAUUAAAGGCAUGCUAAUCAACUACACUGGUCAGAACAGCACCACAGAGCACACCUGGGACUACAUUCAGAGGACGAUGAAGUGCUGUGGAUGGACGGGUCGAGGCAACUGGUCUGAGAACAUUUUGAUCAAGAACAGCUCUCAGAACCUCUACUCCUGUUCCUGUCGCAAUGAGUCCCUGCCUGGCACGGAAAUCAAGGACGUAGGCCUGUGUGAGCACCUAUCCACAGAACUACCCAUCUAUGAAAUGGGCUGUGCAACCAGCGUGGAGAAAUGGCUCAUGGACAACUGUGGAGUUAUUCUGGGAAUCUGUGUCGGUGUGGCAGUCAUUGAGCUCCUUGGGAUGAUCCUCUCCAUGUGUCUGUGCAAGAGUGUUGUCGUGGAGGAUUAUACCAAAGUACCGAAGUACUGAGCUGAAGACAGAGCCAGCUUCACACCACACACAGAUGGAUGGACUCUUUUCAUCUCUCUCUCUCUCCUCUCUCUCUCUCUCUCUCUCUCUCUCUCUCUCUCUCUCUCUCUCUCUCCUUGUCUCACAUUCUUAUGAACACACACAAAUAAGACAGCUGUCUCCACCAUUUGAGCUUCUCCUGCCUUGACAGCUGUGCAAAUUUCUCACGGCCCACACACACACACACACACACACACACACACACACACACACACACACCUCUCAAUCAAGCUAUGACACUUGUUGGAAAUGCCUCCACAAGUAACCAUUGUUGUCUUAUGAUUUUGUCAAAAGGAGACUUUUUUGAUGUUUUGGUAAUAGUUUUUGGUGGAGGCCUGAGAAAUUUGCGGUGUGAUACUAUGCAAAUGUUCAUUUAUGUGUUGUUUUGUUUUCCUUGGCUGACCUCAAUGAAGCGCUUAACAUAGUAGUAGAGAGAGCACUUUAGUGACAUUUGCUGAGCUGAGAGCCGGAGCAUCUUCUGACUCUAGGGCAUGGAGAUGAGAGGGAGACUGAAGGGUGUGGGUGGGUGCGAGGUCGACGCACUCAAGGAUUAGUCCCACUUUGUGAUCGUGCAGCUGGUAUUUUUGGUGCAGAGGGUGGAGGAGAGGCCCAAGGCUGAGCCUGGGCAGGGCUGCUGUGGUGGAGGUUUGGGCUUCUGUCAUCAGAUACAGUUUACACCCACCGCCUCCUCCUCCCCCCUCCCUCCCUCCUGCUAUCCAUUAUCUGUUAGAGUCUCUAAAUCACGUCUCUGUCCUCUCAAGUGUGUCUGACUGGUAAAUAGUAGCUUUCCAAAAUGACUAGUUUUGCAUGAAGUAAGUGUGUGUAUGAUGUGUUGAGUGAGUAUUUUAUUUCUUAUUUUAUAUUCUCAUGUCAUCUCUGUUUUUUUUUACAACUGUGUAUAUAUAUAUGACUGGUAAGGGAUCAUGGCACUUCAGUGCUUGGUCAGCGUUUUAUAUGGGAAAGCUGUCAGCCACAUGCUGUUGUUGUAAGAGUGCUAUUGUUCUUUGUUUCCUUUCUUUUGUUCUUGAUGUACAGAAUGUGGCUGCCACAGCAGCUCGUCAGCACUAUUUUGGUCUGAAUCAGAGAAAUUGGAACCCUUAGAGUGAAUCUGUCAUCACUAAAGCUAUAUUUUAAUUUCUUUAUAACAGCAUGAGUUUGUGAACUGAUAACAUACCAUAGCGCCUGCCCCAAACAUCUUUAUUUAAGCUCCUCACACCUGCCUUCAUUUAUAAAAAUCUUGUUUUCAUCAUCAUAGCAGUAACGUGAAAAUGGCAGCUGUGUGACCACAAAGUAUUUUCCCUUCUCUGCAUGAUAGUUUGUUUUCCCAGAAGUAUUUCAGAGGCCG